CUUAGAAAAUUAGGUUGGGAGUGUAAAGAGUGGAGAAAAGAUAUAUAUAUAGAUGGACACGAGCAAGAGGAUGUGGUACAAUAUAGACAAACGGUUUUUUUGCCAAUGAUAGAGGAAUUGAAUUCUGUUCUUCUUGAAUAUGAUGACCAAGAUCUUACUAAACUACCGCAAAUGAUGAUGAGAAAAUGGGAUGGGGCUCCAAAG